GUCCCUUGCUUAAAGCGGAGGGAGCCUUUGUUCUUGUCUCGGCGAAGAAAGGAAAGAUAUGUCGGGUCAUCAGUGUACGGAGAACCCGCCUAAGCUGGAUCCAAAUAGCGGGUCGGGUCAUGUAGAGAAGCUAGGCGGCCUCGACAGUUACGUCUCUGGUUCGACUGACUCAAAGCUCGCCGUGGUUCUUGUCUCUCAUGUUUUCGGAUAUGAAACUCCACAACUGAGGAAACUUGCUGACAAAGUUGCAGAAGCUGGAUUCUAUGCGGUGGUUCCCGACUUCUUCCAUGGAGAUCCCUAUAAUCCCGCGAAUGAGGAUCGACCACUUCCUAUCUGGAUAAAAGAUCACCCACAAGAUAAGGGUUUUGAAGACUCAAAGCCAGUAGUUGAUGCCUUGAAGAACAAAGGCAUAACUACAGUUGGAGCAGCAGGGUUCUGUUGGGGUGCAAAAGUUGCGGUGGAACUGGCGAAGCAAGAGCUUGUUAAAGCUGUUGUUUUGUUACAUCCUUCUCGUGUUACGGUGGAUGAUAUCAAGGGGGUCAAGGUUCCAAUUUCUGUGUUAGGAGCUGAAUACGAUCAAGUGACUCCUCCAGAGCUCGUGAAGCAAUUCCAACAUGUUUUAGCUACAAAACCUGAGGUGAAAAGUUUUGUGAAGAUAUUCCCAAGAGUCAAACAUGGUUGGACUGUUAGGUACAACCCGAAUGAUCCAUCAGAGGUUAAAGCCGCAGAGGAAGCUCACAAGGACAUGCUCGUUUGGCUCACCAACCAUGUCAAGUGAGAAGCUUUGGUUUACACAGAAUAAAGUAACGAGGCUUGAGAUGCUGUAAGAAAAAUGUUUUAAAUAAAUAAUGUAGUAUCUUCAAUCUUCCUCGAGUGUAUUCUUCUUAUAAACAAGUACUUGCAAAGGAAUAAUUGAAUCA